AUGUCUGACUUCAUGACCGAAACACGAAAGGCCAUCGCCGCCUUCAAUAACCUCAAGAUGAAAGAGGGUGUCGAGAACAUCAAGCCUGUUGAAGCUAAGGCCGUCGUCAAGGUUGAACCAACACCUGAUGCUCCAGCCUUCAACAACCUCAAGCCAGAGGAAGCCGACGAACCUCUCCUCGUCGAGAACAAGAAGAGAUUUGUCCUCUUCCCUAUUAACUACCAUGAGGUCUGGCAAAUGUACAAGAAGGCUGAGGCUUCCUUCUGGACCGCUGAGGAAAUCGAUCUCAGCAAGGACCUUCACGACUGGCACAACCGUCUCAACGACGAUGAGCGUUACUUCAUCUCCCACGUUCUCGCCUUCUUCGCUGCUUCCGACGGUAUUGUCAACGAAAACCUUGUCCAGCGAUUCAGCAAUGAGGUUCAGAUCCCAGAAGCUCGAUGCUUCUACGGUUUCCAGAUCAUGAUGGAGAACAUCCACUCCGAGACUUACUCUCUCCUUAUCGACACCUACAUCAAAGAUAGCAGCCAGCGAACUUACCUCUUUGACGCCAUCGAUACCAUCCCAUGCAUCAAGAAGAAGGCCGACUGGGCUAUCCGAUGGAUCGAAGACGAACAGUCCACAUUCGCCCAGCGUCUUGUCGCCUUCGCCGCCGUUGAGGGUAUCUUCUUCUCUGGUUCCUUUGCCGCCAUCUUCUGGCUCAAGAAGCGUGGUCUCAUGCCCGGUCUCACUUUCUCCAACGAACUCAUCUCCCGUGAUGAGGGUCUCCACACCGACUUUGCUUGCCUCUUGUUCAGCCACUUGAACAACCGACCAUCCAAGGCCGAUGUUGAAGCUGUAAUCACCGAAGCUGUUACCAUUGAGCAAGAAUUCUUGACCGAAGCUCUUCCUUGCCCACUUCUUGGUAUCAAUGCUAAGUUGAUGAAGCAAUAUAUUGAGUUCGUCGCCGACAGACUUCUUAUCGCUCUUGGUAACCCCAAGGUCUACCACUCCACCAACCCCUUCGACUUCAUGGAGACCAUCUCCCUUGCUGGCAAGACCAACUUCUUCGAGAAGCGUGUCAGCGACUACCAGAAGGCCGGUGUCAUGGCCAAGACUCAGCAGAAGGCUGAAACCACAUCUCCACUCUCCUCAUCUGCCUCUCCCAAUACUGCUAGCGAGCCACAGAAUACCAACAUGGCUGGUAUCUCCUUCGACGAUGACUUCUAA